GCAGACUGUAACACACCAGCAUCUCCUCUGCUACAACUACAACUAAUACUCCACUUUACCACCAACCGCCGGAGGAUAUUUUAUAUUUUAUUUUCCUGUCCGACGUUUAAUGUGCUAAUUUGAAGAUGACGAGUAAAAUGAAGUUCGUUCGGUCUCUGAUGAAGACUGCAGUGAUGGCCAACGUGCCCAAACACAUCGAUCACUUCUCCAAGUUCUCCCCCUCUCCGCUCUCCAUGAAGCAGUUCUUGGAUUUCGGUUCAACCAAUGCCUGUGAACGCACAUCGUUUGUCUUCCUUCGCCAGGAGCUUCCUGUCCGUUUGUCCAACAUCAUGAAGGAGAUCAACCUGCUGCCGGACCGCCUGCUGGCCACGCCCUCCGUCCAGCUGCUCCAGAGCUGGUACAUCCAGAGCCUGGUGGAGAUCCUGGAGUUUCUGGACAAGAACCCCGACGACCACAGAGUCCUGGAGAUGUUUGUGGAGGUCUUGGAGUCCAUCAGGAACCGGCACAACGAUGUGGUCCCCACCAUGGCUCAGGGAAUCAUCGAGUACAAAGACGCUUUCGUCCAGCCGGACGCCGCCACUGACCACAACAUCCAGUACUUCCUGGACCGCUUCUACACCAGCCGCAUCUCCAUCCGCAUGCUCAUCAACCAGCACACUCUUAUCUUCAAUGGCAACUCAAACCCGGCCCACCCCAACACCAUUGGCUGUAUCGACUCCAUGUGUGACGUAACAGAGGUUGCUCGAGAUGCCUAUGAGAGUGCUAAGUUGCUGUGUGAGCAGUAUUACCUGGGGGCUCCAGAGCUGGAGCUGAGGCAGAUGAAUGCCAACAACAACAAAGAGCCCAUCCACAUCUCAUACAUCCCAUCUCACCUGUACCACAUGCUCUUUGAACUCUUCAAGAACGCCAUGAGAGCAACCAUUGAGAACCACGAGGCCAGCAGGACCCUCCCACCCAUUAAUGUCAUGGUCGCUCUCGGUGGAGAGGACCUGUCAAUCAAGAUGAGUGACAGAGGAGGUGGCGUUCCCUUCAGGAAGACAGAGCGUCUGUUCAGCUACAUGUACUCCACAGCUCCCAGACCCUCCACAGAAGACAGACACAGAGCCCCACUGGCAGGGUUUGGUUAUGGUCUGCCCAUCAGUCGUCUCUACACUCGCUACUUCCAGGGAGAUUUGCAGCUCUACUCUAUGGAGGGUCACGGCACUGACGCAGUCAUACACCUGAAGGCAUUGUCUACAGACUCAGUGGAAAGGUUGCCAGUUUUUAACAAGACCGCUUUGCGUCACUACAAGCUGACUUUGGAGGCAGACGAUUGGUGCAUCCCCUCCAAGGAGCCGCUGGACCUGGCCGCGUACCGCGUUGCCAAGUGAUUAAAUCAUGACUUAACAUGACAUUGUGGGACCAGAACUAUUAGACCAGCGGUGGUCGGGAGCCGGUGUGACCAAAAGUGUCUAAGGCGGUCAAAGAGAAGGCAGAGCGUCGGCGUCCCGAUCGUCUGGGAGCUUCCUUGAUUGGAGCGAGUGUCUUCCUCCUGUAUCUUCCUCUUUACACGUGUGCUAUUAAUAGAGAGAGAGAAGAUCAACGUUGACAUUCUGAGCCAAGAUGACUGAUGGAGUGGUAGAAGUCCAGAAAGAGAGAGCGAGAUGGAGAGGUGAACUGAAUGGAUGGCAGGGCUGAACAAUUUGAAGAAAAUAUCUAAUUGUGCACAUUAUCAGACCAAUAUUGGGAUCUACGAGCACAUUUCACCCAAACGUUAGUCACCUGUUCUCUUUAUUAAAGAUUAUUUAGGGUUCUUUUUGCUACAAGGAACACAACAUUUCUUCUUUGUGCGCCUGCUGUUACAACCCCCUCUCACUGUCAACUCAUCAAAUACCACCACUCAGUCAGUGGUGUCUGAUACAGACGCACAGGGGCACCCAUAAACAUCUGUAUGAGACGUGCAGGGCUUUUAACUAACUAACUCCAAUGUAAAACCAUCCACGUCAUUAUUAAACGGUCAGAGCAACUGACGUAGUAUAAAGAGCGAGAAAGUCCGUGUUGGGUGGGUGAGAGGUAUGAGAUGGAUGUGUCAAACAAACACAAACACACCCAGGAGACCGCCGUUUGUGUCCUGUGUGAAACCCAACUCGACGUUGACUCAUUUUACCUUCGUUUUGUUACGUAACUUACGCAUUUAACUAACGACAGUUAGGAAAAAACACAGUUAUUUUACAAACCAACAUAUUUUUCUUUCUAGUCUUCCGACCACUCAAAGCGCUUUGCACUACAUGCCAACAUACACUGAUGUCAGAGGCUGAGAGGUGAACCCUGCUCAUCAGGAUUUGGACUAAUGCUCAUUCACACACACUCACAUACCAAUGCGAUUUUGGGGUACAUUUGCCCAAGGACACUUCGACGUGCCGACUGGAGCGAGCCGAGGAUCGACCUGCUCUACUUCCCCGCGGUCGUUUCCUAAGCGUACUUUUGUUGCCCUAAACUUAAAGGAACAAUAUGUAGCACUGACAGCUACAUGUAGCGUUUAAAAUGGGUGACAGCUGUCCAAAUUAAAAAAAUUGAAGCCGUGGCCCGUCCGCUCCUCCGGUAUGACUAAAAGGAGCACACAAUUUCACAAUUUGAGGGUUACCUUCUAGACAUGACCGUGUUAGCCACUGGCCAGCAGCAGUAGUCGGAAUCACUUCACUGGCUGUGUGUCUCAAAUACUCGCUGCCUUGAUAACCCAGCUGCACACGGACCACAGAAAGAUGUGCCGAGGCUUUUCAGGUCGGGUAGAAUCGAACGUUAACGAUAUCUCAAAAACAGAUGUUCCGGACCGGAAUGGAAAUUUCAAAAUACUCGCUGUAGCAUUGUUGUCGGAGAAGCCAGUAUUUCAAUUUAGAAUGUUUCCUUAAUCUCUGAUGACAUAUCAUGGUAAUUUUUAGGAUUUAUUACAAUAAAUAUAUUACGGAUUGGUCCUUUAACCAAGUACUUUUGUUGCGUAAGUAAACCUGCACAGGAAGUUCAUUUUGAAAAGACACUGUAUGCAUGUAACGAGCGGAAAUUGACGCAUCCAAAACUGACGCUUGAGGAGUACCUAGAGCAUCAUAGUUUGAAGUGUAGGGCCGCUGACCAAGCUGACAUAUUUGACGAGUUGGGAGUGAGAUUGGGUUGGCUGUUAGUUUGGCUGAAUCCUUACUCUGCACUAUUACUGCCUGCAACUUGUGUUUGUUUUUUCUUUUGCUUGUCUUGUACAAAUAGAACAAAGUCAAUCCUCUCUUGAAUGAUGCUCAGUUACUGAUAGUAAACAAGGAUGAUUUGGUUAGAGAUUAGCAGGUACUGUAACAUUGUCUAAGGGUUAUGUAAACUCACAGUAAUGGUUAUCCAUUAAUCAGCCUUGAUAAACGUGUGGAAUGCGCUUUAAUCAGUUUGUUUUCGAAGACCUGUUAACGGGUCCAAACUGCAAUGAGUGUAUUUGAAAAAAAUUGACUGUUGUACUGCGUAUUGUGAUUCACCGUGUGCAUUUUGCAGAUACGUGUGUCCCAGACAUUGUGCUAUCGCAUCAUUUUGAAGUGUCUUUAUUGUAUAUUUGAAGUGAAAUGUUCAUAUUGGAUGACUUCUAUUUUUUUUUAUAAAGAAACGUUUGAAAAAUAAAUCGUCUUGAAAU